AUGCCCCACACGCUCCCCGGCGGCUGCUACUGCGGCGCGAUCCGCUACGAGGUCACGCUGGACGACCCGGAAAAGGACGCCCGUACGUCCAUCUGCCACUGCGGCAACUGCAAAAAGUUCACGGGCGGUAACUUUGGGAUUACCAGCAAGAUCCCCCGCUCGAGCUUUAAAGUGACUCAAGGCCAGGACAAGGUCACGGUCCAUGAGGCGGAUAAUGGUACGGGGACGAUUUUGCAUAGGGAGUUCUGUAGGGAGUGUGGGAGUGGGUUGUUGGAGUAUGGCGCAAACGCGGGCGACUUCGUCUACAUCUUCUACGGCACGCUCGACCACCCGACAGACCUGCCGCCCAAGGGCGAGUUCUUCACCAGCAGGCGGGAUUCGUGGAUGCCAGAGGUUCCGGGUACGUUUUCGUCUAUCUUUUCUCUGCCAAAUCCCAGACCCUCAUGGUCAUGUAACGUGUUUUGA